AUGUUGCGAGCCCUUCCGCGUGCCGCCGGUGGCGGUGUGCGGAGGGUUGUCGGGGCGCGGCGGUUUUGUUUUUCCCCACCCCGUCAAUUUAAUUUUAUUCUUUUGAAGAUUCUUCGUUGUCAAGCCGCCAAAGUGGAGAGUGCGAUUGCAGAAGGGGGUGCUUCUCGUUUCAGUGCUUCUUCAGGCGGAGGAGGUGGUAGGGGUGCACCUCAGCACUAUCCCAAGACUGCCAGCAACAGCGAGUUCCUGGGGAAAACCCCAGGGCAAAACGCUCAGAAAUGGAUUCCUUCACGAAGCACUAGACGAGAUGACGACUCCGCAAACGACAAAGAACGACAUGAUGCAAUCUUCAGGAAAGUAAGAGGCAUACUAAAUAAGCUUACUCCUGAAAAGUUUGACAAGCUAUGCCUUGAGCUCCUCAAUGUGGGUGUAGAAUCUAAGCUCAUCCUAAAAGGGGUCAUACUGCUGAUCGUAGACAAAGCCCUUGAAGAGCCCAAGUAUAGCUCACUGUAUGCUCAACUAUGUCUGCGGCUGGCAGAAGAUGCACCCAACUUUGAUGGCCCAUCAGCAGAGAGUCAUCCAGGACAGAAGCAAAGCACAACAUUCAGACGCCUCCUAAUAUCUAAACUUCAAGAUGAAUUUGAAAACCGAACCAGAAAUGUUGAUAUCUAUGAUAAGCAUGAUGGUCCCCUCCUCCCUGAGGAGGAGGAACAGAGAGCCAUUGCCAAGAUCAAGAUGCUGGGGAACAUCAAAUUCAUUGGAGAACUUGGCAAGCUUGAUCUUAUUCAUGAAUCUAUCCUUCAUAAGUGCAUCAAAACACUUUUGGAAAAGAAGAAGAGAGUCCAACUCAAAGAUAUGGGGGAGGAUUUGGAGUGCCUCUGUCAGAUAAUGAGGACAGUGGGACCUAGAUUAGACCAUGCAAAAGCCAAGUCCUUAAUGGAUCAGUACUUUGCCCGUAUGCGCUCCUUGAUGUCAAGUAAGGAAUUGCCAGCAAGGAUUCGUUUCCUGCUGCAGGAUACUGUGGAGUUGAGAGAACACAACUGGGUUCCUCGCAAAGCUUUUCUUGACAAUGGACCAAAGACUAUCAAUCAAAUCCGUCAAGAUGCAGUAAAAGAUCUGGGAGUUUUUAUUCCUGCUCCUAUGUCUCAAGGGAUGAGAAGCGACUUCUUUCUGGAGGGACCCUUUAUGCCACCCAGGAUGAAACUUGACAGGGACCCACUCGGAGGGCUUGCUGAUAUGUUUGGACAAAUGCCAGGUAGCGGAAUUGGUACUGGUCCAGGGGUUAUUCAGGAUAGAUUUUCACCCACCAUGGGACGCCAUCGUUCAAACCAACUUUUCAAUGGCCAUGGGGGUCACCUCAUGCCUUCUGCUCAAUCCCAGUUUGGAGAACUAGGCAAAUCUUUUCUGAAAAGUCAGGGGCAAAGCCAGCUCUACCAUAACCAGAAUCAGGGACUCUUAUCCCAGCAACAAGGACAGUCGAAGGAUAUGCCACCUCGGUUUUCUAAGAAAGGACAGCUUAAUGCAGAUGAGAUUAGCCUGAGACCUGCUCAGUCUUUUCUAAUGAAUAAAAACCAAGUGCCAAAGCUUCAACCCCAGAUAACUAUGAUUCCUCCCAGUGCUCAACCACCACGCACACAGACACCACCUUUGGGACAGCCUCCUCAACUUGGUCUUAAAACAAAUCCACCACUUAUACAAGAAAAGCCUGCAAAGACCACCAAGAAACCACCUCCUUCUAAAGAAGAGCUACUUAAACAAACUGAAGCUGUUGUGACUGAGUAUCUGAACAAUGGAAAUGCUAAUGAUGCUGUCAAUACUGUGAGAGAAAUGAGAGCUCCAAAACACUUCAUUCCUGAGAUGUUGAGCAAAGUAAUCAUUCAAUCCCUAGAUAGAUCAGAUGAAGACAAAGAGAAAGCAAGCACUUUGAUCAGCUUGCUCAAGCAGGAGGGAAUAGCCACAAGUGACAACUUCAUGCAGGCAUUCCUGAAUGUAUUGGAUCAGUGCCCCAAACUGGAGGUGGACAUCCCAUUGGUGAAAUCCUACUUAGCACAGUUUGCAGCCCGUGCCAUUAUUUCUGAACUGGUGAGCAUUUCCGAACUGGCUCAACCACUGGAAAGUGGCACCCAUUUCCCUCUCUUCCUGCUUUGCCUUCAGCAGUUAGCUAAGUUACAAGAUCGUGAAUGGCUAACAGAAUUGUUCCAACAAAGCAAAGUGAAUAUGCAGAAAAUGUUGCCAGAAAUUGACCAGAACAAGGACCGCAUGCUGGAGAUCUUAGAAGGGAAGGGGCUUAGCUUCUUGUUCCCGCUUCUGAAACUGGAGAAGGAACUGCUAAAACAAAUAAAAUCGGAUCCAUCCCCUCAAGCCAUCUAUAAGUGGAUUAAAGAUAACAUUUCACCCAAACUUCAUGUAGAUAAGGGAUUUGUGAAUAUAUUGAUGACCAGUUUCUUGCAGUAUAUUUCUAGUGAAGUAAACCCACCUAGUGAUGAAUCAGAUUCUUCAUCUGUUCCAUCUAAAGAGCAGCUAGAGCAGGAAAAACAACUGCUGCUUUCCUUCAAGCCGGUAAUGCAGAAGUUCCUCCAUGACCAUGUUGAUCUGCAAGUGAGUGCUUUAUAUGCACUCCAGGUGCACUGCUACAACAAUAACUUUCCAAAAGGCAUGUUACUGCGCUUCUUUGUUCAUUUCUAUGACAUGGAGAUCAUUGAAGAAGAAGCCUUCUUGGCAUGGAAAGAAGAUAUUACUCAAGAGUUUCCAGGGAAAGGCAAAGCUUUAUUCCAGGUAAACCAAUGGCUAACCUGGCUGGAAACUGCUGAAGAAGAAGAAUCUGAAGAAGAAGCUGACUAAAGAACCAGCCAAAGCCUUAAAUUGUGCAAACAUACUGUUGCUACGAUGUAACUGCAUUUGACCUAACCACUGCGAAAAUUCAUUCCGCUGUAUUGUUUCACAAUAUUUAAAGCAGAAGUAUGUCAAUAGGAUAUUCUCUGCAAAAGGUUUUUGUAGUAUGUCUUAAUAGUCUACAAUAAAAAUAUUUUAGAGUAUCUUUAAUGUUUAGAUAACAGUGUAUUAGCAGCAUGCAAUAAUUACAUCAUAAGUUCUCGAGCAGAAGCAGUCUGUUGCAAGGGUCUUCUUUGCUGCCAGUUAUCAUAGGCUGUUUUUAAGUUAGAAAACUGAAUAGCAACACUGAAUACUGUAGAAAUGCACUUUGCUCAGUGUAAUACUUGAGUUGUUGCAAUAUUUGAUUAUCCAUUUGGUUGUUACAGAGAAUCCUUAACUGUAAUCGAUGGUUGUUGCCGUAAUAGUAUAUUGCCUGUAUUUCUACCUCUAGUAAUGGGCUUUAUGUGCUAGGUUUUAAUAUCCUUGAGCCUGGGCAAGUGCACAAGUCUUUUUAAAAGAAACAGUUUACUUGCACAAAAACUGAUCAGCUGAAGAGAUGGUUUAAUGCCCUUUGAAAGAGGUUUUUGUGGGUGUGAAACAUGACAUGGUGAGAAAUUUGAAUUGGUCCCUCUUUAUAGUACUGAAAUUAAGUCUACUUAAUUUAUCAAGACAUGUUCAUGCCCUGAUUUUAUAUACUUGUAUCUAUCAAUAAACAUUGUGAUACUUGACUUGUUUUUGAAUGUCUCCCAGUAGAGAAGCUUUGACUGACAACUAGUUUACUUAUAGAAGGAAACAUCAGUGGGAGUUGACAUAGUCUGGGACCAUCUCAAGAGUCUUAGGAUAGUUACCUUAAUAUGCAAAUGAGUUCUGAAGAGGGUCACAGAUAAAGAGUAGACACUACACAUCUGCUGUGACAGGAAGAAAACUAAAAAAUUCUGAAGAAAUGGUAGGAGUUUGCCUUGUGGUCCAAUGUAUGCUUUAUCAGUGAGUGUAUGCUUUUUAACUUCCUAAUGCUUUGAACUUCCCAGGUCAUAUGCAUGUUUAAUCAAGUGACACUAUAAGCUGCCUGUUUCUCAAAUCAGCAAAAAAAAAUCCCACAAAACAGUUUAAUGAUGUUGCAUUGUACAGGCUUGAAAUGUCAUCUAUUAAAUACUCGAAAUAACUUACUUCCUA